CAGUGCUCAGUUGUUUUUUUAUUUUGUGUUCGAGAAUUUGUGAAUCUGUCCUCUUUUCCGUUCUUAAUUUUAAUGUGUGCAUUAAAUUUGUUCUAACAUAAAAUGGAUUACAUUUAUCUGCAACUUUCGUAAACAAGUCUAUUACGUUUUAAACGUUGUAAAAACCAAGAGCUAAUGUGAAGUUUUGAGAAAUAAAUCAAGCUUCCUGUGACACAAAAAAGAGGCGAAAGUACAAAAAAAAAAAAAAAAAAACGAACGAGGAGGAACACACACACAGUUUUUUGGGUGGAGAUUAUCAGAAAUUACACAGAAAAUAGUGUCCAAUCUACGUUGUUAAGUUAGAAAAGAGUCGUGCUUAAUUUUUGUUGCUUUGUCGUCGUUGUUGCUGUUAUAUUCUUUGUGUAUUAAGUCGGAAUAAAAAGACGCCAAAAUUGAUUUAAAAUUGUGGAAACAUACAAAAAUUAUCGAUAUGAACAAAGAGAUUUACUACGAGGGCUGGUUGAUCAAAUCACCGCCCACGAAGCGUAUAUGGCGAGCGCGUUGGCGUCGUCGUUGGUUUACAUUAAAACAAGGCGAGAUACCGGAGCAGUUCUGCCUUGAAUACUAUGCCGAUAGUAAGUGUCGCAAACUAAAAGGUGUCAUCGAUUUGGAUCAAUGUGAACAGGUGGACUGUGGCCUGCGCUUGGAGAAUCGAAAACAGAAAUUCCAAUUUAUGUUUGAUAUCAAAACUCCAAAGCGUACAUACUAUUUGGCAGCGGAUUCGGAUAGGGUUAUGCGUGAUUGGGUGAAUUGUAUUUGUCAGGUGUGUCACUUGCAUGACACCAAACAAACGCAAGAUGAAAAUCGCACCCAAACAAUAGCCACUACUGUCCAUACCAAUACAUCGACUGAUACAACAACCACCACCAUUAACUCAUCGAGUGGUACAAGUGCUGGCAACAACACCCGUCAAAGUUUUAACAACGAUAUACUUCGUAAGCCGUUAAAUGUGGUGGAACAACAACCUGUUGCGGCCAGUAGUAAUGCAUCAACAUCAUCCUCUGCAUUCCAACAACAAAGCGCCGAUGACAGUAGUCGGGCCUAUGUUAAUACUGAGUAUUCAAAUCGAGAAACCCUAGUUUGUGAUGAUCAAUUUGAAAAACAGCAAUUGGUAAAUGUAGCCAAUAUGCAACAGCUACAACAGCCGGCAAAAUCUCAAACACAACAACAGGGCUCUUCGGCCUUAUACCUAAAUACGGCAGUAUUUCAAGAGUCCCCGCGCCUGGCUGUCAGUGCAAAUGGUGUAGUGCGAAAAAUACCUGAAAAUUUGGUGCUGAACAAUACUCCAUUGCCGGAGACCCAACAACACAAUGUACAACCCUCGCCAGCAUUGAGUACGGCCUCUGGUCCAUAUAUACCCAUUAGCGAAUGCUAUUCCGGAAGUCCAAAAUUUUUGUUGGAUGCUAAUAAUCAACCUUCGACGCCUUUGAACAAUUUGGAUCCGAAAUUUUAUGAUACACCACGAAGUCAUAAUACUAUUGGUUUGAAUUUAACCAAUGAUCAAUCCUAUUCACCUAAGAUAACCAAUUGUGGAACGUUACAGCAACAACCCACUAAUGUUUCCAAGAACCGCAGCAAUAAAUCCGAUUCUGAUUCGGAAAGUGUGUUUACAGAUGAUGACGAAUGGGCACACCCAAUGCCCCUAAGGGAACACCUAGAUCGCAAUACAAGACCCUCCGACAGUUCGGUGGAAAAUGAGUCGUUUGUAUUGACUUACUCACAACGCUUUUCAAAAUUACCUGACGAUGCUAAUAAUGAGCUGAAAAAUACAGCUAUCAACAGCGGAAGUGUAAACAACUCCAAUGAAUGCUUGGAGAAGUUAGCCAAGGUUUUGAAGAACAAAAAUAAUCUCAUAUUGGACUUUAAGGACAAUGAAAAAUCAACUCGGGAUGUGCCACAAUUUUCCGAUACGGAAAAUACAUCACCCGCUAUUAUAGGGCCACGAGAUGCACGUUCUGUGGUCGAUGAAAGCUAUGACAUACCACGCUCUCAUCAGUUGCCCUACUACAAUAUGGCCAAUAUAAUGGAAAAGGUCAAUAGUCCAGAGGCAAAUCCCAUUGCUGCAUCAACGCCAAAUUUAAUGAGCGGUUCCGACACAGUACCCAGCUCACCGGCUUCCGUGAUCUCAGCAACUCACUCGCUGGGACCACAAAUGUCAUCGAAUGUACGAACGCUGCCACGACCACAUUGUUACACAAAUGCAGCACCAUGCAAGGUGGAGAAUAAUGUAUUUCGUUAUGAUUUUAUUGAUCAGACCAAAGUACCGCCAGUUAAUCGUAAAUUGAAGCCAAAAUUAAGUAUUGAGGCUGAUAAGCCACCGGAAGAACUACCAGCAAAACCUCCACAACUAGCGGCACAAGUUGACAAUUUGGCAAAUCGUUUGCAAGAGACACAAAUUCAAACAUCUCCAGCUGACCUGGGGGGCAAUAAUGCUGGCGCAGAAAACAUUCUGGCAACAUCAGAAAAUAUUCCAUUAAAACCCCCCUCGGUGGAUCGUAAGAAUAAACCCAAUGCUUAUAAGAUUGGUAACUCUAAUACUCUUGGCAACAAUACACGUCGAACAACCGGUGCUCCAUUAUCUAUGGUAAUGCUAUCAAAUGAAAACGAAAUGCCACUCUCCUAUACCAUGGAGUCGCGAACAUUACCACGUCAACCCAGACCAAAUUAUGCACUCAGUCAUGCAAACACUUCGCACUGCAAUACACCGACAAUGAUAAAUCCGGCUUUAAGCAGUGGUGGUUUUACCAUACAACAUCAACGGACAGCUUCUGCAAAUGCCGCUAUGCAACAUUUGAACUCGAAUAGUACGCUUAUUUCCAAUAAUACAACAUUACCCAUACAAUUGCAAUUGCCCCCAAAAAAUGAACAUAAACUACAGUACUUCGAUUUAGAUGUUGCCAAUCCACCGGCUAUAAAUCGUCAAAGUAUGAGUGUGGGUAAUUUGAAUAGUGGCACCAGCGGCAAUCGUUUAGGUUUAGCUGCUGAUCCCUCGGCCAGAGCUCCAGUACAAAGUACAGUCGUCUACAAUUCAGUGGAUUUCGUUAAAACGGAGGCCUUUAAACGCAUUCGCGAAGAAAGAAAAACUCAAAAUGAAGGUGGUAAUACCAAUAAUAUUAAUAAUAAUAAUAAGUAAAAGAUAAUUAUUAAAACGGAGAUUAUAUAAAUUUAUUACAUGACGUAUGACUAAGUAUCUAAUUAUUUAGUAUUUAACUCAAAAAGAAAUAUUUACAACAAGAGAACUAUAUAUUUAAAAGAAAAUACAUACAUGUUUUUAAAGAAUGUGAUUAGUUGUCAGAUUAAGAUCAACAAUUACGACGGUAGAAUAUGCUUUCCCCGGUCGAGCCGAGCUCAAUUCGCCCGAAAACAGUAUUUUUAGAGUCCCAAUAAUUUGGGUUAGAAUAACUGGGGAUCGUGUAAAGUAUUUUCAGAACAACCCGAGUUUUUGCUGCUGUGUAAUUAAUUGGGUUUUUAUGCUCUGAUUUGUUACUAAAAUAAAAAAAGUGUUUACUCACUUGAGUCCGUGCUAAGCUGGCAAAGACUCCAUAAUUUGUGUGUUUCAUGUCCCUUUGAUCUUGGUCAAUCGGAAAAGACAAUUGUUUCUUAACGAGGGUUGAAUAGUGGAUUUUUACGGUUUCGAAAAUUGACAUAAAAAAUAAACUACAGAAAUUUACGCACAAAUUGAAAUUUCGUAAAGUUUUUAAAGUAUAAUUGUGUCAGCCAAUUAGAUAAGACCACUCAAACCAACUUUUCAAAUCAUAGAAUUAAAUGAAAAUAGGACAAACACAACAUAAACAUAAUCAAGUAAAUGCUUUUGGUUCUGAACAUAUGGACAUUUGAAUAUAAAUAAAAAAAUCUAGUUGGUCCAAUACAAAGACCUGGUCUAUUGCGAUCAUGUCAAAAAACAUUCUUUGUACUAGAACUACUCACCAACAUUUACAAACUCUUGUUAGAUUUAGCAUGAAAAAUAAGAUUAAUUCCGUAUGAUAUAACAUAAACUGUUCUUCCCAAUUACCUAAAAGUGCAAUAUGAAAAUAAAAUAUUUAAAAACGAUAACAGUUUACAAAUAAAACACACAUACAACUUUUGCUAGAAAAUGUGUAAUAUAAAAACGUCACUACAAAAAACCUAAAUAUGGCCAUGUUCAAAGAAUGAAAUCAAUCGAAGCAAAAUAGGUUGAUUUUUCAUUGGCCAGAACAAAUGUUAUGCAUUGCAUCAAGAAAAAGGGUGCUAUGGAUAGACGAGCUUUUAGAAUGGAUUUUGGUAUUUCGAGAAAAUAUCUGAAUCUGUUAGUUGCUAAUUUAAGGUAAAUUGAAAUUCAAUUGAUUGAUAUGUAAGAUUCAUAGUUUUGAGAUUGGAAACACAAGAGAAAAAUAUUUUGAAGCUAAGGUCGUUUAUAAACGCAGUAGCUAAAUACUAAAAUUCUUUUCUAUAAAAUUCAAUCGAUAACAAAAUCUUAUUUUAAAUAAUGGCUAAUUUAUAAAUUUAGCUACAAAAUAAUAUAAUGUGCCUGAUUAAAAAAAAAAAUAAUAAUAAAUAAAUAAAUAAUACACACAUACAUUAUAAAAGCGUGUUAAAUCACUUUAAAAAAAAUCAAUGCAUAUAAAAAAAAAACAAUAUUUGUGUACAACAGUAAUGUAGUAAGUACAUAGUUAUGCUUUAAAUUUUUUUAUUUAUAAAACAUAAUAAAAUUCCAAAAUUCAAUUUUAAAUGUAUUCGAAAAUUCAUAAAAAAAAACUUAUAUUUUUAUAUGUUUUAUAUGGUAGUAUAUGUUAAGACACAACGAAAACAAAUUUAUAUUCGUUCAUAUGCAGUGCUAUUAGAGCGCAUUUAUAUACAUAUUAAUAUAUGUCAAUAUGAAAAAUAUAUAACUCUUCGAAAUACCUAUUUACAUUCUAUGUAUACAUUAGACAAAGUAAUAAAUGAAAUGCUUUUAUAUAUUUAUAAAGAUAUUACAUAUAUUUAUACAAAAGAAAAUAAUUAACUGUAGAAAAAAUAUAUUUAUAAUAAUGUAUGUCGCACGCAUAAAACAGCAUACAUAGCGCUUGAUCUUUGUAUUAAAGGAAAUAAAAUUAUAAAAUCCAAUAAAAAAUGCUAGUUUUAAAUUAAAAA